UUCUGUUUGAGCAGUCGAAUCGUCCACGCCGUUGGUUCAUUUUUUUGUGCUCUUGAUAAAAUUUUUUUGGAAUUUUAGAAAUUUUUGUUGCAAUGGCGCACAGAAAAGAUACUGUCAUGGAGGAAAAAAUAGGUGAAGAUGCCGAGCCGAUCGUGGCGGUGAGUAAGCCCGUGGCUGUUAUCAAAGACAACGUGGGGGGUGGGGACGAAGAAAGCGAUGGCGCCGUAGCUGGGCCCAGUUCGCAAGUCCAAAUGCACCUCACCACUCCGCCAAGGAUGACCACAGCGAUUGGUGUCUCGAGCGGGUUUGGCGUUGGCCCCCAAAUUCCAGCUGCAAGCUCUUCUACUACUGCAAAAAAAGUCGUAAAAGAAACCCGUGUUGAUAAGAUACUGAAACAUUUGGACACCCUGCAGACCAGGGAGGAAGCCCUUGCCUGGAUUAGAGUGAACUGCCCUUCACAAGAAUUAAGUGCACGUGUCCAGUUGUGGAUAAGAAAGCGCUUUUGGCAGCCUGAGCGUCACCGACCCGUUACGGAUUUCCGACCUGAGUGGCAGGCACCUCCGAAGGAAUGGUUGGAGGCGAUGAAAACAAAGCUUCUCUUUGUCACGGGACCAACCGCAAUCGGGAAAACCGAACUUAUUUUGGCUUGGUUCGGAAAGACGUUUUUCUUCUUCAAUUGUAAACGACAAUUGAAACAACUUUCAGACCGCCACGAAGGGUUGAUUUACGAUAACGGCUUCAUUAAAGAUUAUACUCUCAAGGAACUCAUGGGCUUGGCUGACCUCAAGAACGACAUAGUGGUUUACCCAAGAUAUGGAGGGGUCAUUCCUGCAGGGAUGCCUCGAAUUUUUGUAACUGUAAAAACAUUGCACGAAUACUUCCGGAAGGAUGCGUAUUUUAGAAAAUACCCGAAAGGACAGGCAGAGUGGGAUGCUUUCGAGUCAAACGUUUACGUGAUUUCGUUUCCUGAAACUAUUCGACGCUCCUCCAGGUGCCAGGAUUCGAGGGAAAGAGCAGCUUCAUUUGUCGAUGCCAGCUAAAAUUCGAAGGAUCGAUCAAGAAAAGGAUGAUGCAGUUGCCCUGGCGAAUGAGCAGAUUUAAAAGGUUGAACAAGAAUAUGGAAACAUCGAGAAAAAAACUGACAGUAAAUUCAUGGAAGCGAUGUAUAUAAAUGGCGAGUUAAUACUAGCAAAACAGUGUUUUGAAACAUAUAGUUUAUGUAGAAAACCAAUUUUUCUCAAAUAAUCUUAUGUCCAAUUUAAUAAUAUGUGUCCAUUUGGACACUGUCAAGUUUGUGAGUUUGAACAAAAUAAAAUUACAUUUUCACACUUACAAAGAA